CACAAAAACAUGCAGCAAAUGAAACCGGAAAGUGGGCCGCGAGAGGGGCAGCGGAGGGUCAGCUGGCCACUCGCAGGGGAAGGAAUUUUGAUCCGUCCAAAGCCACUUUCCAGACGCCGUUCAGGCCCAUUCGCGCGAAGCACAGCGACACAGCGGCUGGACGCAUCGAGUGCUGGGGCAGGCGACCGUCGUUUAUUCCAAGAGACGCCCGGAGAAAUGUCGGGUCAGCUGCCGUCGGUGCACGCCACGUUUUCGGGGACUCCUCGUCGGGAGCAGUCUGCGGGUUGAGCUGAACACCCAGGCCUGAACGACUGAACGCAGCGCAGAUCACCAUGUCCACCACCUCGGGUAUCGCUAUCCUCGGAGCAGGCAUCUUCGCCAAGGAGGCCCACAUUCCCGCCCUAGCCGCGCUGGGGGCAGGCGCACCGCCCUUGAGAGCCGUCUACUCCCGGUCUGAGAAGAGUGCAAAGGACACGGCGUCGACCGCGGUCUCUACCCUCGGUCUGUCGGAUUCACCAGCGAUCUACCACGAUGGCGGGAAUAAGGAGAACUCUCUCGACGCGCUGCUGGCACGCUCAGACAUCUCUGCUGUCAUCGUGAUCCUGCCGAUCCUCACCCAGCCCGAUAUCAUCCUGAAGGCUCUCGCUGCUGGCAAGCACGUCCUCAGCGAGAAGCCGAUUGCGCCAGAUGUCGAUGAGGGCGUGAAGCUGAUUAAGCAGUACGAAGACGCGUUCAAGCCCAAGGGGCUCAUCUGGCGUGUAGCCGAGAACUUCGAGCUUGAGAAUGGUUUCGUGACCGCGGCAAAGCUCGUAAAGGAGGGAAAAAUCGGGGAUGUGAUCUCCUUUAGGGCCACGGUCGUAAAUCACAUCCAAGUGGACAACAAGUACUACAACACGCCGUGGCGCACGGUUCCGCAGUACCAAGGCGGCUUCCUGCUUGACGGAGGAGUUCACUUCGCAGCAGCUCUGCGCACUGUUUUGGGGAAGCCGAUUGAGACCAUCUCGUCUUUCGCUGCUCUCAACCGGGAGAUCCUCCCUCCGCACGACACCAUUCACGCCAUCGCAGCCGCAGGCCGCGCGCACGGCAACAUCACCAUCACCUUCGCCUCCCCCACCAAAUCCAAGGCAGACACCGACGACUACGUCUUCAUCGGCACCAAGGGCUGGAUCGGCAUCAAAAUCGUCCCUGACCAGAAGCUCUACCGCGUCACGACGAAGUGGAAGGCGUCGGGUGACAAGGAGGAAUACAGGGAAGACGAGGACGUCGCGGAGGUGCCGCAGGGGAAGGGCGUGCAGCACGAGCUCGGCGCGUUCUUUGAUGCUAUUGCGGGGAAGGCGGACGCGCUGGAGGUCGGCGAGCCGCGGGAUGCGCUGAGGGAUGUGGCGUUCAUUCAGGCGGCGCUGAAUAGCGAUGGCAAGCCGGUCGACCUGCUCGAGCUCGUCAAGGGCUCGGAUAAUGCGCGGUCGACGGCCGUUGCGCAGUAAUUCAACGUCAUCGUCCUCGGGCGGAUUUGGAGAAGCGAGAAGUGAGAAAGGCCGUUGUAUCUGUUGUACUAUCUGUUGUGCGGAUCUGAUUUUCGCUGAAUCGUGACUGAUGUGUGCUGAUUCAUGGUCAGUCUAUGCGGAAGGACUAUCGUAGAUAUGAGAAGAGAAGCCGAUGUAUUGCUACUGUACUUGCUUUAUCCAGAAGUGUGUGACUGUAUUGCUAACGACAUCACCCUUCCUCGACGAACGUUGUCCCUGC